GUGCGAUGAUACUGACUAGUGUGUGUAUGUGCGUGAAUCUGAGUGUGUAGUCAUAGUCUCAUUACUCAUAUACAGCCCAUACAUACUCUGAUCAAAUACGUCUGAAUACACACAGUGUACAUACAUAUAUAUUACGUACAUCGAUCGAACUAUAGAUCGAUACAUACAGUCUAAAAAUGGAGAAAUACGAGCUGGUGAAGAACUUGGGAGCUGGGAAUUUCGGAGUAGCAAGGCUCUUAAGGCACAAAGAAACCAAGGAGCUUGUUGCCAUGAAGUACAUAGAACGAGGACAUAAGAUUGAUGAAAAUGUGGCAAGAGAAAUUAUAAACCACCGAUCGCUUCGACAUCCGAAUAUAAUUCGGUUUAAAGAGGUGGUUUUGACGCCAACACAUUUGGCCAUCGUGAUGGAGUAUGCUGCCGGAGGAGAGCUUUUUGACCGCAUCUGUACUGCCGGUAGAUUUAGUGAAAACGAGGCAAGGUACUUCUUUCAGCAGCUGAUUUCUGGAGUCUCCUACUGCCACUCCAUGCAAAUAUGCCACAGAGAUCUGAAAUUGGAAAACACGCUUUUAGAUGGAAGUCCAGCGCCACGCCUUAAGAUCUGCGACUUCGGCUACUCCAAGUCAUCGGUGCUGCACUCAAGACCCAAGUCGACGGUGGGAACACCGGCUUAUAUAGCACCCGAAGUUCUCUCCCGCCGAGAAUAUGAUGGCAAGUUGGCAGAUGUAUGGUCCUGUGGAGUUACUCUCUAUGUGAUGCUGGUUGGAGCUUAUCCUUUUGAAGAUCCAGAUGACCCCAAGAACUUCAGAAAGACAAUUUCAAGAAUAAUGGCUGUUCAAUACAAAAUCCCAGACUAUGUCCAUAUCUCUCAAGAUUGCAGGCAUCUUCUCUCGCGUAUUUUUGUCGCCAAUCCUUCCAGGAGGAUCAAUAUAAAGGAGAUCAAGAGCCAUCCAUGGUUCUUGAAGAACUUGCCCAAGGAACUCUCGGAAGCUAAUCAGGCAAUGUAUUACAAGAAAGAUAAUCCCAGCUUUUCCCUUCAGAGCAUCGACGAGAUUAUGAAAAUUGUGAGCGAAGCGAGAAAUCCCCCGCCCUCGUCUAGGCCGGUGCCCGGGUUCGGGUGGGGAGGAGAAGAAGAAGAGGAAAAUAAGGAAGAUGAAGAAGCUGUGGAGGAAGAGGAAGAAGAAGACGAGUAUGAGAAGCAAGUGAAGCAAGCUCAUGCAAGUGGAGAAUUCAAUGUCAAAUAAGCAGUAUAGUUCUUGCUGCAUUCUUCAACUUAACAACCCAAAAUUCAGUCACUUUGAUUCUUCAGUACUCUUCAUAAAAUAGCGUAAAUCAGUAUUUGAUUUCUGUGUUAUAUAUUACUUAACAUGUCUAAAUUUAGCUGGAUUUGGUUCAACAAAUGAAGCAAUGUAACCCUAUUUAGAAAUAAAAAUUGAAUUGAAUCAUCACUUGGUGUCGCUUAUGAUGGAAAAGUUGAA